CACGAAGAGAUCUUAUCCGAGCCCGCCGACCAUGGCCACCUCGUCGUCCAUCUUGCGGAAGCGGCUUGCGCUGUUUUUCGGCGUCGCUUGCUUCCUCGUGCUCGCGCAGGUGUCGCAGCUCGGCUUCCUCGUCACGAAGAACCACCACCACCACGCGAGGCUGCGGGGCCAGCGCCGAGAGCCGUCGCCCAUGUCGCCCGCCGAAACGACGCACGGGCUCGACUUUAUCGACGAAGCGCAGCUGUCGCCGACGCAGCGCACGCGUCGAGCGGCCAUUGAGGCGGCGAUGCGCCACGCAUGGAGCGGCUACGAGACGCAUGCGUUUGGCGCCGACGAAGUCGGGCCUGUCUCGGGCGUGCGGCGGCAAAACGUCUGGGGCGACAUUAGCGUCACGCUUGUCGAUGCGCUCGACACGCUGUACAUCAUGGGCAUGAUGGACGAGUUUCACCACGCGCGGGACUGGGUCGCGUUCAACCUGGACUUUACCCACUUGGGCGUCGACGGCGGCGACGUCUCGAUCUUUGAGGUUACGAUCCGCGAGCUCGGCGGCCUCCUCGGCGCGUACACGGUCUCGCGCGACCCGGUCUUUCUGCAGCGCGCGAUUGAGUUUGCCGACUUGACCGCGCCAGCGUUUGACGACGCCAGCGGUGUCUUUUACACCGAGUUCAACCCGCACACCAAGGCGCGGUCCAUGCAUUCGUGGAAUCAGUACCGUGGGCUCUUGGCCGACCUCGGGACGCUCCAGCUUGAGAUGCGCUAUCUCUCCGACCUCACGGGGGAUCCCCAGUACGCGCUGCGGGGCGACGGCUUUUACAAGAUCAUCCAGCGUGAAGGGUCGUUCAAGGACACGGGGCUCUUCCCCGUGCACUUUGACCCGGUGUCGGGCACCUUUGCGUCCACCAACUCGUUCAUUACGCUCGGCGCGCUCGGCGACUCGUUCUACGAGUACCUCCUCAAGGUCUUUCUGUACAGCGGCAAGAACAUGGCGCAAGACGGCUUUCUUCGCCGCGCGUACGACGCCGCUGUCGACGGCAUGGAGAAGCACCUCCUCACGCAAGGCACGGCCACCAACGCCGACGGCUCAACGGCCACGUACUACUACCUGCGCAUGCUCGACAUUCCGCUUCUCCGGGGCACACCGGAGCAAGACCACCUCCUCUGCUUUGUGCCGGGGAUGCUCGCCCUCGGCACCGUUGGCGAAGUGGACGCGGUCAAGGUCGCGCGCCAUCUCGAGCUGGCCAAGAAGCUCAUGGCAACAUGCUAUGCCAUGUACGCCCGCCAGCCGACGGGCCUCGCGCCGGACCUCGUCGCGUUCCCGGGCUUUCUCGUGCGCGACGGCAAGUACAAGCUCCGGCCCGAGACGGUUGAGAGCCUCAUGUACAUGUACCGGAUCACGAAAGACGAGACGUACCGCGCGUGGGGCUGGGAGAUCUUCCAGUCGCUCGAGAAGCACGCCAAAACCACAUACGGCUACGGCGCCGUGCUGCAUGUCGAGAGCCUCGAGCAAGUGACGGUCGAGGACAAGAUGGAGAGUUUCUUCAUGGCCGAGACGCUCAAGUACCACUACCUCCUCCAGAGCCCCGAGAGCUUCGUGCCGCUGGACAAAUACAUCUUCAACACGGAGGCCCACCCGUUGAGCAUCUUUGCGUAGAUAACGAGACUAGAGAUCAUGUAGAAUGGAGCUUCAACUCGGACAAUGACCAC